AUGAUCACUCAUCUCUUUGCCUUUAGAUAUCGACUCAUUGGCAAUUCAUCUGCUACAUAUAUUAUCUCAGACAAUAUUGUAAACUGGGAUAAGGGCAUGCUUCUUCAGGAAUGUGAGUCUAUUCCUUGUGAGCCACCCACAGUCAUCUCUUACAGGGACUUUCACAGCAACAAUAAAGAAAGAUUCUACUAUGAUGUAGUGACUUAUCACUGCUGUGUUGGACAGAAUAGGAAAAAGCUAUUUGACCUCAUGGAUAAGAAGUUGGUAUAUUGUACAAGCAGACAAUCAAGCAUCUAGAGCAGCCCUCCUGCUCAAUGGAUUACUCUGGUUAAAUGCCAAGUUCCAGAAGUUGAUAAUGGAAUUAUGGAAUCUGGGUUUAUGUUUAUUUCCUUAAAUGAUGCUGUGAUGUUGAAGUAUAAGCCCCACUUUACCAUGAAAGGCAGCAACGUAGUAUAGUGCCAGCCAAAUAGUAAAUGGAAUCCUCCAGAAAGGGGAUGUCUACCACCUCCACAUAUGCACCAUGGUAAUUAUAACAAAAGAGAUAAGGAGUUCUUUCCAAUUGGACAGGAAGCAUCCUACCUACAGCUUAAGCCUGGCUGCACACUCAAUGGAACUAACCCAAUGCAGUGCACAUCCUUGGGAAUCUGGAGCCAUGUAGCCCCCAUAUGUGAAGUGAAAUUAUGUGAUGCCAUUCCAAACCAGCUUCUGAAUGGCCAUGUGGUACCUCCUCCUAGAUGCCAGUUUAAGGCAGAGGUUCCCUUUGUUUGUGAUGAGGGUUGAGUUCUGGUAAAUGGCAAAUCUUCUAUUCAACGUAUCCCAGAAGGAAUGACAUGACAGUACAGUAAGUUUCUUGUCUGUGAACGUAUUUAUUGUGGCCUUCCUCCUGUUGUAGAAAAUGCUCGAAAUUUUUAUUUUUCUGGCUCCGUUGCUGUUGGCAAUGUGGUAAGAUACAGUUGUUCCCAGCUCUUCCGCCUCAUUGGACACAAAACUCUUCUUUGCAUUAGUAAAGACAAUGUGACUGCAUUCUGGGAUAAAGCUGCUCCUAGAUGUGAAUAUUAUAAUAAAGAUUCUCGUUGCUCUGAGCCUAGAGUACCAGGGGGAUACAGAGUUACGGAAUUCAGAUCAUCAUACAGACAUGGUGAUUCUGUGACACUUGCCUGUAAUACUAACUUCACCAUGAAAGGAAACAAAUCGGUUUGGUGCCAAGCAAAUGGAAUGUGGGGACCUACACCACUACCAACCUGUGAGAGUGAUUACCCCUUGGAGUGUCCACCACUUCCCAGGAUCCCCAAUGGCCAUCACACAGGAGAGAAUGGAGGCCCCUUUGCCCCAGGAUUGUUUGUGACUUAUAGUUGUGAACGUGGCUACUUACUUCAUGGAGAGAAGACCAUCACCUGUUUGUCUUCAGGAGACUGGAGCGCUCUCAGUCCCACGUGUAAAGAGGCACAGUGUAAACCUCCAGGACCAUUUCCCAACGGGCAGGUAAAGGUGCCACCAAGUCUUCGGGUUGGCGUAACUGUGAACUUCUCCUGUAAUGAAGGGUAUCGAUUACGAGGCCAGCCUUCCAGCCAGUGUGUAAUUGCUGGGCAGCAAGCUGAUUGGACCAAGAAGCCAGUAUGCGAAGUAAUUCUUUGCUCACCACCUCCUACCAUUCGCAAUGGAAGACAUACAGGCAGCUCUUCAGUGCUUGUUCGAUAUGGAAGCACAGUUACUUAUACUUGUGACCCGGAUCCAGAGGAAGGAGUGGCUUUCAUCCUUAUUGGGGAGAACACAAUCUAUUGUACAAGUGAUAGUCAGAGGACUGGAAUCUGGAGUGGCCCUGCCCCACUCUGUGAACUUUCUACUUCUGUUGUUCGGUGCCCACAUCCCCAAGUUCGAAAUGGACGUACCUUAUCUGUGCAGAAAGAGGACUAUCUCUAUAAUGACACUGUACAGUUUGCUUGCGUGUUUGGUUUUACCAUGAAGGGCAGAAGCCAAAUCCGAUGUAAUGCUCGAGGCACAUGGGAUCCAUCGCCACCAGUCUGUGAAAAGGCAUGCCAGGCCCCUCCUAAAAUCCUCAAUGGGCAAAUCAAAGAUAGACACAUGGUCCGCUUUGACCCUGGAACAUCCAUAAAAUACGGCUGUGACCUUGGCUACGAGCUGGUGGGAGAAGAAUCCAUUCACUGUACCUCAGAGGGGGUGUGGACACCCAGAGCCCCAGAGUGCAAAGAGGCGGAGUGUGAACCUCUAGGCAAUGAACUCUUUAAAAAGCCCCAGGGUCAUUUUAUUCGACAACAUGCUGAAUCUUCCUGUGAUGAAGGGUACCGGUUAGGUGCCAGUGUUUAUCAGCCGUGUCGAGGCACAAUCCUUUGGUUUGUGGAGAUUCGUCUUUGUGAAGAAAUCACAUGCCCACCGCCUCCUGUUAUCUACAACGGGAUACACUCAGGGGGCUCCUUAAAGGAUGUUCCACAUGGAACCACAAUCACUUAUACAUGUAACCCCGGGCCAGAGAGAGGAGUGGAAUUCAACCUCAUUGGGGAGAGCACCAUCCGUUGUAUAAGCAAUGACCAAGAGAGAGGUAUUUGGAGUGGCCCUGGUCCUCGCUGUGAACUUUCCAUCCCUGAUAUUCAGUGCUCACAUCCCCACGUUGCAAAUGGGAAAAAGAUAUCUGGCAAAGAAGCCCCAUAUUUCUACAACGACACUGUGGUAUUCAAGUGUUAUGAUGGAUUUACUCUGAAGGGCAGCAGUCAGAUUCGUUGCAAAGCCAAUGACACCUGGGAUCCUGAAAUACCAGUGUGUGAAAAAGACUGCCACCCACCUUCUGGAAUCAACCAUGGUCGGCACACAGGUGGGAAUAGGGUCCUCUUUGUCUCUGGGAUGACUGUCGACUAUACCUGUGACCCAGGCUACUUGCUUGUGGGAAACAAAUCCGUUCACUGUAUGCCUUCAGGAAUUUGGAGUUCUUCUGCCCCACAGUGUGAAGAAGGAUCAUGUAAGCCUAUGCCAGAAGAUACACAAGAGAUUCCAAAUGACAUGCACGUGGUAACAUUCAAUACAUCUUGCCAAGUUGGGUACAAACUGACUGGAUAUUUUUAUCAGAAAUGUCAAGAUGCUGAGAAUGGGGUUUGGAUCCAAAAGAGUCCACUUUGUAAAAUCAUUCACUGUCCACCUCCACCAGUAAUUGAAAAUGGAAGGCAUACAAGUGUGACAGCAAAACACUUUCUAUACGGAAAUGAAGUUUCUUAUGAAUGUGGCCGAGGAUUCAAUCUUCUGGGAGAGAAAACUAUACGGUGCCUGAGUGAUGCUGAAGGACGUGGAGUUUGGAGUGGACCUCCCCCAAAAUGUUCCCGGUCUCUUCCUGUGACUCACUGCCCUAGCCCAGAAGUCAAACAUGGAUACCAGCUAAACAAAACUCGUUCUUUAUAUUUCCACAAUGACAUAGUAUAUGUUGCCUGCAAUUCAGGGUUCAUUAUGUAUGGCAGUCAUUCAAUUAGGUGUCAUACCAAUAACACGUGGGUUCCAGGUCUACCAACUUGUAUCAAAAAGGCUUUCUUAGGUUGUGAACCUCCAUCUCAGAUCCCCAAUGGGCAGCAUACUGGUGGAGAUAUAGCUAAAUUUUCCCCUGGAAUGUCGAUCCUGUACAGCUGUGACCCAGGCUAUCUGCUGGUGGGAGAGGAACUCCUUCUUUGCACGCACAAGAGAACCUGGAGCCAACCUGUCCCAUAUUGUAAAGAGGUAAACUGUAGCUUCCCCGAGUAUAUGAGUGGAAUGCAGAAGGAGCUGGAGCCCAGGAAAAUGUACCACUAUGGAGCUGUUGUGACUGUGGAGUGUGAAGAUGGGUAUACUCUGGAAGGCAGUCCCCAGAGCCAGUGCCAGGAGGAUGACAGGUGGAACCCGCCCCUGGCUGUCUGCAAGUCACGUCAAUGCAAGACCCCAGAAGUGUUUUCAUUUGCCAAGCCUACAACCCCAAAAGAUGACUCUGAAUUUCCCAUUGGGACAUCUUUGAAGUAUGAAUGCCGCCCUGGAUACUUUAGGAAGUUGUUCAAUAUCAUCUGCCUAGAAAACUUGACCUGGUCAAACGCAGAAAACUUUUGCAAACGUAAAUCAUGUGGACUUCCUCCGGAGCCCACUAAUGGCUAUGUGUAUGGGAACACAGACAAUUUGUUUGGAUCGACUGCUAAUUACUCUUGUAAUGAAGGGUAUCGACUCAUUGGUCACUCCUCUGUUACAUGCAUUAUCUCAGGCAAGAAGGUCGAGUGGGACAAUGUGGCACCUGUUUGUGAUAGUAUUCUCUGUGAGCCACCCCCAGCCAUACCCUAUGGAUACUUCUCUAGCAGUGAAAAAGAAUACUUUCAAUAUGGAAUGGUGGUGAGCUACUACUGCAAUAACCAGAGAGGGUCAAAGCUGUUUAAACUCGUAGGCAAGCAAACAAUAUAUUGUACCAGCAAAGACAAUCGAAUUGGUGUCUGGAGUAGCCCUCCUCCUCAGUGUAUUCCACCUCCUAAUACAUGCACACCUCCAGAUAUUGAAAAUGGAAUAAGGCUAUCAGUGGCUAGAAGCUUGUUUUCCUUAUAUGAGACUGUAAGGUUCGCAUGUCAGCCCGGCUUUGUGAUGAAAGGACACAACAAUGUGCAAUGCCAGACCCAAAAUAAAUGGACACCAGAGUUGCCAAGCUGUUCCAAGGUGUGUCAGCCCCCUCCAGAAGUCCUACAUGGUAAGCAUAGUCCAGGUAACAAGGUCAACUUUUCCUCUGGGGAAGACGUGUUCUACAGCUGUGAGCCUGGCUAUGAUCUCAGAGGAGCUGCUUCUCUGCGUUGUACACCCCAGGGAGACUGGAGCCCUGCAGCCCCCAGAUGCGAAGUGAAAUCAUGUGAUGACUUCCUAGACCAACUCCCUAAUGGCCGGGUACUCUCUCCCCCUAGUCUCCAGCUUGGAGCAAAAGUGUCCUUCGUUUGUGAUGAGGGAUUCCGUUUAAAGGGGAGUUCUGUUAGUCAUUGUGUCUUGAUUGGAAUGAAAAGCCUUUGGAAUAACAGUGUUCCUGUAUGUGAACAAAUUUUUUGUUCAAAUCCUCCGGCUAUCGUCAAUGGGACACACACCGGAAAUCCUCUGGGAAACAUUGCCUAUGGAGAAGAAAUAACUUACACAUGUGACCUCAACCCAGACAGAGGGAUGACCUUCAUCCUCAUUGGGGAGCGCACUAUCCACUGCACAAGUGACAGUCGAGGGAACGGAAUUUGGAGUGGCUCUGCCCCUCGCUGUGAACUUUCUGUUCCUGCUGGUCACUGUAAAACUCCAAAACAAUUUCCAUUUGCAAAGCCUACAACUCCAACUAAUGAGUCUGAGUUUCCAGUUGGGACAUAUUUGGAUUAUGAAUGCCUCCCUGGGUAUUUUGGGAGCUUGUUCUCUAUCAUCUGCCAGGAAAGCUUGGUCUGGUCAAAUGCUGAAGAUGUCUGUAAAAGAAAAUCAUGUGGAUAUCCUCCAAUACCCUCCAAUGGAAUGGUGCUUAUAAACACAGAUGACCAGUUUGGAUCAACUGUUAAUUAUACUUGUAAUAAAGGGUAUCGACUCAUUGGUUCCUCAUCUGCUACUUGUCUUCUCUCAGGCAAUAAUGUCAUUUGGGAUAAGCAGGCACCUAUUUGUGAGAGCAUAUCUUGUGAGCCACCUCUACACAUAAACCAUGGAUUCUUCCACAGCAGCACUAGAAAACUUUUUCAGUAUGGAACACUGGUAACUUAUUAUUGUCAUACUGGGCAAUAUGGAGAAAAGCUGUUUGACCUUGUGGGAGAACCAUCAAUAUACUGUACUACCAAAGAUGAUCAACUUGGUGUUUGGAGCAGCCCCCCUCCUCAGUGUAUUUCUCCACAUAAAUGCACAACUCCAGAAGUUGAAAAUGGAAUUCAAGAAUCAGAAAAUAGGAGUUUUCUUUCCUUAAAUGAUAUUGUAAGGUUUAGAUGUCAGCCUGGCUAUGUCAUGAAUGGGUCCAGCACUGUACAAUGCCAGGCCAACAAUACUUGGGUGCCUGAGUUGCCAAGCUGCUCCAGAGUGUGUCAGCUGCCUCCAGAAAUUCCGCAUGGUAAAUAUUCCCCACGUAACAAGGGCAGCUUUUUCCCUGGGGAAGAUGUGUUCUACAGCUGUGAGCCUGCCUAUGAUCUCAGAGGACCUGCUUCUCUGCGUUGUACACCCCAGGGAGACUGGAGCCCUGCAGCCCCCAGGUGCAAAGUGAAAUCAUGUGAUGACUUCCUGGAACAACUCCCUAAUGGCUUGGUACUCUCUCCCACUACUCUCCAGCUAGGAGCAAAAGUGUCCUUCAUUUGUGAUGAAGGGUUCCGACUAAAAGGUAGUUCUGUUAGUCAUUGUGUCUCAGAUGGAAUGAAAAGUCUUUGGAAUGCCAGUGUUCCUGUCUGUGAACAAAUCUUUUGUCAAAAUCCUCCAGCAAUCCUUAAUGGGAAACACACAGGAAAUCCUCUGGGAAAUAUUCCCUAUGGAAAAGAAAUAUCUUACACAUGUGACCUCAACCCAGACAGAGGGAUGACAUUCAGCCUCAUUGGGGAGAGCACCAUCCGCUGCACAAGUGACAGUCAAGGGAAUGGAAUUUGGAGUGGCCCUGCCCCUCGCUGUGAACUUUCUUUUUCUGUUGUGUGCCCACAACCACCCAAGAUCCACAAUGGGCAUCAUAUUGGAGGACAUGUAUCUUCAUAUCUUCCUGGAAUGACAGUCAACUACAUUUGUAACCCCGGCUACCAGUUGGUGGGAAAGGCAUUCAUUUUCUGUACCUACCUGGGAACUUGGAGCCAAUUUAAUCACUAUUGCAAAGAGGUAACAUGUAGCCUCCCACAGUCUAUGAAUGGAAUCCGGAAGGAGCUGAAAUACAGAAAAGUUUAUCACUUUGGAGAUAAUUUUACUUUGGAAUGUGAAGAUGGGUACACUCUGGAAGGCAGUCCCCAGAGCCAGUGCCAGGAGGAUGACAGAUGGGACCCUCCUCUGGCCAAUUGUACAUCAAGCUCACGUGAUGCUCUCAUAGUUGGUACUUUCUUGGGCACGUUCUUCUUUAUUUUAUCCAUCAUGGUUCCCUGUUACAUAAUAUUUAAGUGCAAAAGAGGCAAUAAUACAAAUGAAAAAUCUAAAGAAGUGAUUAUCCACUUAAAUUCUCAAGAAGGCAGCCGUGUUCAUCCUCAAACUCUGCAACCAAAUCAGGAAAAUAGCAGGGAGGGAUUUGGGGGUAAGGACUCUGUCAGUGCCAUGUACAAGCACUGUGUUUUCAAAGCAUUCCUAUACACUUGUAUAUUUAUACUACAAACUUUGGAGAAAUCAUAA